AUGGCGACAGGCUUGAACAUUCUCGCGGGGCCGUACGUCUUGGGCUUCCAGCUCGAACAUCAACAACUCGACGCCGUCGUCAUGCCCGACUUGCAGGGCGUGGCCAACAAUGCAGAGCUCCUUGAGCAACUUCGCCAGCGCCGCUUCGGUCCUACCGCUCACCGUCGCCCGACGCCGACGAUGGCGACGAAGCUCCCGUCCUUUGGCCCACGUCAGCGUGAGACCAAGCCGCUGUAG